AUGAGACGCUUGCUGUAUAUCCUGCCCUUAUUGACGGGUGAGUCCUGCGGCUACGCAAUAUACAGAACUUUAUUGGGGUGUAUUCACUGAACUGGGAAUUGUAGAGAACUGACAAUAGACUGCAAGCAGUUUCCUUCACAUUCUCUGUUUUAGUAGCUAACCAGAUGUGUGAGUUAAAAAGCCCUUUCGGUAUUAAUCAGGAGUUUGGUCCCUUGUGCAUAUCUACUGUGUUCCUAUUCUAUCAGCAUGUGCUAUAACUCAAUUCACCUAUUUCUGGAAUGUACCUUCAAAUCCUCCAUAAAACACAGACUGACAAAAAAAAAAAAAAAUUAAAUAAAAAGCCCUUUCUAUGGUUUGAAUUGAUUAAUUGGUCUUUAUUUGCUUUUAUUUACUAAUUUCACCUAGAAAUAUAACAUCCAUCUCUGCCCCUGUGUGAUAUAGAAAGUUAUCAGUGGAUGGAGAAGGUCUGUCUGUUAUCCAACCACGGAGAUUUUAGGAUAUUCAUUUGCAGUUGUCGCUGUGGUCCUCAUAGGAAGCGACUUUUCUGGGAUCCUGAAUCCAUCUUAUUUUAUUAUUUCAUUAUUUUUGUGCUGGGACCAGACCCCCACAUCCUAGCUACCCCUCCUUUCCACCCCCUAGAAAGGCAAGGUGAAGAACUGAUUCCAGUUCAGGGUGGGAGAAGGUAUUUGUAUUUGUGGGGCCCCGGCUGGUAGCAGCAAUGUUGGACUUAUAGCAAGAAGAACACGUUGUUAAUAUAUCAUGAGGAAUCACUAACAACAGACUCUUCUAGUGAGAAAACGAGGCUAUUGAAGCGUGGGAAUAUAUUUUUAUGAAGGUAAGACACUACAUUCACGGGGAUCAGCCUAGCGUAUUCUUGAAAAUUCAGGAAUAUUUUGAAUAAUCUAGUAAUUCGCUGUUACUGACAACAUUGGCUUUGCAUCUAUUGGUUUUAGUAAUGGUGGCAGUGGCGCAGUGUGGUCUCCUGGAAUUCGGAAUCAUGAUACAGAGAGUUACAGGGAAUAAUGCGUUCCGUUACGCUUUCUAUGGGUGCCACUGCGGACUUGGAGGCUACGGAACACCCAAGGAUGACAUCGACUGGUGAGUGACCCGUUUCUGUUCAAAGUAUCUUCAACAGAAAUGAACAUUCAGACAGUAAUCAUUUUCUAACAGCAUGAAGUCCUCAAUGAUACAGGUAACCAUUAUACAAUAUAUGGUCCACACUACUAAGCUGCUACAACAUGUCCAAAUAAUGUCCAACCACUCAUGGUCACAAGAAUUGGCACUGUGAGCUGAUCUGAUGCCUAAUUUCUGCAUAUUCUAAUGAUAUAACUUCUACUGAUGUACCUUCCAGUGAUAUACCUUCUAGUGAUGUACCCUUCAGUGAUAUACCUUCUAUUGAUAUACCUUCUAGUGAUGUACCUUACAGUGAUAUACCUUCCAGUGAUAUACCUUCCAGUGAUGUACCUUCCAGUGAUACACCUUCCAAUCAUAUACCUUCUAGUGAUAUACCUUCUAGUGAUAUACCUUCCAGUGAUGUACCUUCCAGUGAUACACCUUCCAAUCAUAUACCUUCUAGUGAUGUACCUUCUAGUGAUGUACCUUCCAGUGAUAUACCUUCCAGUGAUGUACCUUCCAGUGAUGUACCUCGUAGUGAUGUACCUUCUCGUAAUACCUUCUCGUGAUGUACCGUCUAGUGAUGCACCUUCCAGUGAUUCACCUUCUAGUGAAUAACCUUCUAUUGAUGUACCUUCUAGUGAUUUACUUUCUAGUGAUGUACCUUCUAAUGAUGUACCUACUAGUCAUAUACCAUCUAGUGAUGUACCUUCUAAUAAUGUACCUUCUAUUAAUGUACAUUCCAGUGUUGAACCUUCUGCUGAUACAUCUUAUACUGAUGUACCUUCCAGUGAUGUACCUUCCAGUGUUGAAUCUUUCUGUGAUAUAAGUUCUAGUGAAUUACAUUCCAGUGAUGAACCUUCUAAUGACGUACUUUCUAAUGAUGUACCUUCUAAUGAUGUACCUUCUAGUGAUGUACCUUCUAAUGAUGUACCUUCCUGUGAUAUACCUUCCAGUGAUGUACCUUCUAGUGAUGUACCUUCUAAUGAUGUACCUUCUAGUGAUGUACCUUCUAGUGAUGUACCUUCUAAUGAUGUACCUUCUAAUGAUGUACCUUCCUGUGCUAUAACUUCUAGUGAUGUACUUUCUAGUGACGAACCUUCUGCUGAUACAUCUUAUACUGAUGUACCUUCUUUUGAUCUACCUUCCAGUGAUGUACCUUCCAGUGAUAUAAGUUCUAGUGCAUAG